AUGUCUGCUUUUUCAAAUAAAUCGUUCAACACUAUUGGAUAUUUUCUUAGUCGUCCAGAUUAUCCUGAAUCGUUUUAUGAAAUAUUGAAAAAUUAUCAUGAAAUCAAUCAAUUGAAUAAGAAAAUUGGACAAAGUGUAUUGGAUAUUGGUUGCGGACCAGGCACAGCCACUUUUCAACUGUCACAAUACUUAAAUGAAAGGCUACAUGAAAACGGGGACUUACCAUACAAACACUUUCUUGGUACCGAUAUAUCUUCAGUGAUGAUUCAAAAAGCCAAUAAUGAAUUACAGAAAAGACAAGUAACAACAAACAUCAAUCCAAACCUAGACAUAAAAUUUGAUGUUUGUUCAUAUGAUAAUGUCGAUCAAUCGAACUACGUCUCAUAUAAGUUUGAUUUAAUUACUGCAGCUCAGUGUGUUCAUUGGUUUGACUUUGAUACUUUUCAAAAAGUUGUAUACGAUGAUCUAUUAGCACCUGGUGGAACCCUUGCCAUUUGGGGGUAUGUUGACGCCAUUUUGAUUGAUUAUCCAGAUUUGGAUGAUAUUACUAUUGAUAUUGCGUAUGCAGAUAAUCAAUUGGGACCAUAUUGGCAGCAACCCGGUAGAAAUAUCUUACGUAAUCUGUUAAAUGACUUUAAAUUAGACCCAAAUAAAUUUGAUAAUAUCAAGGAAUCAUAUUUUAAUGCAAGGAAUUUUAGAAAGAACAAACAAAUAUUUAACAAUAAUAAUAUUUUAAAAAUUUGCAAGACUUGCACUUUACAACAGUAUGAAAACUACUUAAAGACUUUUAGUGCAUAUAGUUCAUGGAAAUUAGACCCACAGAAAACUAACGAAUCCGAUCCAUGUGAAACUUAUAUUGAUGAAAUAAUCAAAAGACACCCUGAACUAUCUAGAAAUUCUAUAGUAAAUUUAGUUUGGAAUACAUUUUAUAAAUUUGCAACAAGGAAAGAAUAA